UUCUUCAAAAAUAAGACCAAGUUGGAUUUAAGGUAAUUGUGCUUUUUCAGAUUGCAUUUGAACUCAACACACUAACAGCUGCUACUUUGCACAGUGCGCUCAUAUGUAUAUAGGGCGGAGAAUAAGAAAGUUUGAGCAUUUUUCAACAAGACAGUCAACAAGUUUUAUCCCUGCAACUCUGAAAUGUUUUCUUGGAAAGAUUCAUCAUGUGGCUCAUGCAGCCUUUGUGUGCACACUCUCAGUGCUCUUCUGGUUUUCUCUCUGUGCUGCUUCACAUCUGGAAACUCUGACAUAAACAGGGCAAAAGACUUGAUGGUUAAAUACCCGCUCAUCGAUGGUCACAAUGAUAUAGCACUCCAGCUGAGGAUCCUUCACAACAAUCACCUGAGCAAGAUCAAUCUGACUCAUAUCCACAAGGUUGCCACCGACAUCUCCCGUCUCAGAGCAGGACAUGUACAGACGCAGAUGUUUGCAGCCUAUGUUCUGUGUGGGGCCCAGCAGAUGGAUGCUGUGCGUCUGACUUUGGAGCAAAUAGAUGUAGUCAGACGUAUGUGCACUGAAAACCCUGAGUUUGAACUGGUCACUUCCACUCAGGAACUGAAUGCUUCUAUGAUGAGGCAUAAAAUAGCAUGUCUGAUAAGUAUUGAAGGGGGGCACUCUAUCGAUAGCAGUCUUCCAACACUGCGCAUGUUUUAUCAUCUUGGAGUUCGCUCCAUGACCCUCACUCAUUCCUGCAAUACUCCCUGGGCUGAAACAUCUUCAGAAAUCUAUGAUGUCUUUAAAAGACGCAAUAACAGCUUGACGACAUUUGGAAAGGCUGUGGUGGAUGAGAUGAACAGACUGGGGAUGAUUGUGGAUCUUUCCCACACAUCUUGGGGCACAGCUUCAGCUGUUCUGAUGCAUUCCAAGGCUCCUGUCAUUUUCAGUCAUUCGUCCUCUUUUGCAGUCUGUAACCACAGCCGCAACGUACCUGACUGGCUGCUUUACAAACUGAAGGAGAACGGAGGGUUGAUAAUGGUGAAUUUUUACACCCCUUUUGUUUCCUGCAAGGACAAGGCAAAUGUUUCUAAUCUGGCUGACCAUUUUGAUCACAUCAAGAAAGUCAUUGGAGCUAAAUCUAUAGGAAUUGGAGGAGACUUUGAUGGUGCUAAAAACUAUCCUGAGGGAUUAGAGGAUGUCUCAAAGUACCCUGUAAUAAUCCAGGAGCUCCUAAAGAGGAAGUGGACAGAGGAGGAGUUAGCAGAUGUGCUUCGGAGGAAUUUCCUUAGAGUGUUUGAGGAAGUUGAAAAGGUCCGUGAUCAGUUAAGCUGGAAGCAACCUAGUGAAGAAGAGAUCCCGCUACAGGAGGUGGAGAACCCCUGCAGAUUGGUUCUCCAAAUGCCUGUCGUGAAAAAAGUGUUCUCCAAUCAGAGCCCAUCUUUUAGAGCAGUGGGAUCAUUGAAUUUGUUAUACCUGAGCUCAGUUCUGCUUUUUUUCUUCUUCUUCUAUGUAUUGACUUAAUGCUCAUCUCUUCUUUACUUCAGCUUUUAUUAUCUAUAUGAAGGAUAAGGGCCUUAGUCCAUCAUAGUAACUUUAAGAAGAUAUGCCCGACUUAUACUCUGUUUUCUUUUGCACACCCCAAUUCAAAUACUUACCUCCAGUACAAACUCUUAGUCAACCAGGCCAUAGCAGUCACAAAGCAGGCUGAAAUCGAAGGCAACCAGACUUUGCUGAAAAUGUUUUCACACUUACCUCGGGGUCUUUGUUGGUUGUUCUGUGUACUGUCACUACUUCAACCUGUAGUUCGAGCACUGUUUUUUAUAUGUGCAAGAAGCCCCAUCCUGCAAGGCACAUCCCCCUCCUCCUCCCUCUAUUCAGUGUUGUUGUUGCACUCUUACAGGAAUAGUACACCCAAAACAUGA